AUGCAGGAUAUGGAAAUGGGCGACGUGGAAGUCUCAGACAAGGCUGUGCCCAUGACUACUGCUUCUACUGCCUCUUCGGACGCAGAGAAGAUAGAUACGCUCGAGGCGCGCAACUCGUUUUCCCAAAAAGAACCUGCUCUGAGCAUAACCGCUGAAGACUCUGCCUCGGCCGCGACAGAACGACUACCUAGUGUUAGUAGCGAGCCGCAGUACCCCGAGGGUCUCAAACUUGUCACUAUUAUACUGGCGCUGUGUUUGGCUGUGUUUUUGGUGGCGCUGGAUCAGACAAUUAUUUCUACUGCUAUUCCGAAGAUUACGGAUCAUUUCAAGAGUACGGGAGAUAUUGGUUGGUAUGGGUCGAGCUACUUACUUACGAAAGCGGCGUUGCAGCCUAGUUUUGGAAGGAUAUACUCUAUCUUCAAUAUCAAGUAUACCUUCCUGGCUGCCAUUGCUAUCUUCGAGCUUGGCUCCUUAAUCUGCGCUACGGCAACGAGCAGCAACAUGCUUAUCAUUGGCCGAGCCAUAGCUGGAGGCGGCGUGGGAGGUCUGUUUACAGGUUCGAUUAUAAUUGUUGUGUAUAGUUUGCCACUGCGCAAGAGGCCGUUGGCAAUGGGUAUAAUUAGUAGUAUGUGGGGAAUCGCAUCAGUCGCGGGACCAUUACUUGGCGGUGUCUUUACCGAUAAACUCUCCUGGCGCUGGUGCUUCUACAUUAACCUUCCCAUAGGAGCCUUUUGUGUCGCUGUAAUAUCUCACAUCCUUCAUAUCAACCGCCCCAAUAACCCCUCUUCCCUAACCCUCAAACAACGCAUCUUAAAGCUCGACCUCCUUGGCGCCUCCCUCCUCAUCCCCGCCAUAAUCUGCCUCCUCCUCCCUCUCCAAUGGGGUGGUUCUACCUACCCUUGGAACAGCGGUCAAAUUAUCGGCCUCUUCGUCACCUCAGCUAUUCUCACCAUCCUGUUCAUCUACACUCAAAUCCGGCUCGGCGAGGCCGGAACCCUCCCUCCAUAUCUUUUUCAAAACCGGAAUACCGUAUGCGCAUUUGCAUUCUCAGCAUUCUUUGGCGCUGGAUUUUUCAGUCUAUCCUACUACCUCCCAGUGUAUUUUCAAAGCGUCAAAGGCUCCUCGGCCUUGCACGCUGGAAUCCAAAUGCUCCCUUUACUCCUCGCAUGCACGGUCAGCUCCACCGGAACCGGGGCGGCGAUCUCCACGCUCGGGUACUACACCCCCAUCAUGCUCAUCUGCAUGGUUUUAUUUGCCAUUGGUUCCGGGCUGCUGACUACGCUCUCACUCACGACGUCGUAUGCGAGGAACGCGGGGUUCCAGGUUAUUACCGGUCUGGGCGUGGGUGUUGGGUUCGAGAGCGGGAUUAUUGUCGCGCAGACGGUGAUGUCAAAUAAGCGGAUUCCGGUGGCUAUAUCGUGUGUUUCGUUAUUUAUGACGCUGGGUGGUGCGAUCUUUGUGCCGGUCUCGCAGACACUGUUUCAGAAUAGAUUAGUAGGAGGGGUUGAGGAGAGGGUCCCAGGGUUGGAUGCAAGGGCUUUUUUGGAUAGUGGGGUUACGGAGAUCAGGGCGCUAUUGGAAACAUGGGGGCAGGAGGGGCAAUUGGAGAAGGUAUUGGAGGCGUAUGUGGAGGGAUUGAAGGCGACAUUUUGGGUCUCGGCAGCUUGUGCUAUUGGGGGGUUUCUGGCUGUCUGUGGAUUGGAGUGGAAAAGUGUAAGAAAGGAGAAAAAGGAAGAGGGGCAUUGA